GAGUCGCCACUGCUUUAGAGCUACUCAAAUAACAGCAGAGGAGGCACCCAAUGGAGCAGAGAACAACGCGGAUAACCUGAUGAAAGACUUAUCAGCACAGAACACGCCGUGCAGCUUUACCCGCGUGCGAUAAGAGUAUCCGAGCAACCGGGUGGAAAGUACGAAGAGCUUGGCUAUUCUUUUGCCCUCAAAACUCCGCUUCGGACGUUACGUCGUAACGCACCAAAGGGUGACCAUGCCUCCCAUCACCCCAUAUGCCGGCAAGUUCAACCCUUGCGGACUUUACGGCAGCAACAGCAACAACUACCAGCAGCCACACAGCCCAUACCGCCACUGCGCCUCGGUCAAGAUCACCAAGGAAAGCGCCUACAACGGAGGCUGUUCCGAGGCAGAGAACCCAUAUGACAUACCGCACGCUCACAGCCUGUAUUGCGUCGUAGCCGCGGACUCCGUAAACACUAAGGAGCGUCAUUACAGCAGCAGGAGUGCCGUUUCGGAGAAGCUUCACUCCGGCGCGCAGCCACACAGCCCACGUCAGCACAGCACUACCUGUCCCGCGCGAGUGCACCGCCAAACUAGCACCAGCAGCGGCAGCGAACAGUCCUGUCGGAGCAACGCCGCCGCCAAAAGUCGACUUUACGGACACGGCAUCACCGCCAGCUAUGGGGAAAUGUGUUACCACGACAACAGUUUGGUUUCGGCGUCCCUCGAAGCGCUGAUCCAACACUUGGUCCCGACUGUGGACUACUACCCCGAUAGGUCAUACGUUUUCACCUUCUUGCUGAGCUCACGCCUCUUUUUGCACCCCUACGAACUCAUGACGCGAGUUUGUCACCUGUGCGUGGAGCAACAGAGGUCCGGAGACACCCUGCUGGAUAAGAUCCGUUUCCGCGAGGUGGCGCCAAAGCUCGUUCAGCUGCUGACGGAAUGGACCGAGACUUUCCCGUAUGACUUCAGGGACGAGCGAAUGAUGCGUUGUCUCAAGGACAUGACGCACCACGUUGCCAGAGGGGACGAGUACUCCUGGCGGGCCAUGCAGCAGAUGACCCAGCGCUUGAUUAAACGCCUGUCCGCCCUCGGCCAAUAUGAAGAGGCGGUGGCCGCGUUGAGCGCCGUGGCGAGCGAGCGUCCCGCCUCCCUGAAGAGCAAAAGGGAAUCGGCGCUAAGAACCGACGUACUGAGCGUGUGUGAUGACCCUUUCAUCCUCGCUCAACAGCUGACACACAUUGAACUGGACAGGCUGAGUUUUAUCGGGCCCGAAGAGUUUAUCCAGACCUUUGCCUUGAAGGACCCUCUGGAGAACCACAAGGGUUUCUUCCGAAAGCGCAAGACCAGCAACCUGGAAACGUACGUGAACUGGUUCAACAGACUGAGUUACCUUGUGGCCACAGAAAUCUGUAUGCCGGUGAAAAAGAAACAGAGAGCGCGGAUCAUCGAGUUCUUCAUCGACGUGGCGCAGGAGUGUUACAACAUUGGGAACUUUAAUUCCCUCAUGGCAAUCAUCACUGGGAUGAACAUGAGUCCUGUUGCCAGACUGAAAAAGACUUGGAGCAAAGUCAACACCGACAAGUUUGAAAUUCUCGAGCACCAGAUGGACCCGUCCAGCAACUUCAGCAACUAUCGCACGGCUCUCCGCGGCGCCACCCAGAGGUCUGAGACCGCGCACAGCGUCCAGGAGAAGAUUGUGAUUCCUUUCUUCAGCCUGCUCAUUAAAGACAUCUACUUCCUGAAUGAAGGAUGUGCCAGCAGGCUGCCCAACGGACACAUCAACUUUGAGAAACUUUGGGAGCUAGCGAAGCAAGUGAGCGAGUUCCUGGUGUGGCGUCAAGUGAUAUGCCCGUUCGACAGAGAUCGCAGAAUCCUCCAACAUCUUGUCACCACGCCGGUUUUUGCCGAAGACGAGCUGCAUCUGGCCUCUUACGAAAGCGAAGGGCCGGAGAACAACAUGGAGAAGGACAGUCGUCGAUCUCUCCGAUCCUCCCUGUUGCAUCGAGAGAAUCGUUCAUGAGGACAAUCUCUUCCACUUUGCCAGGUGUAAAUAAACAUGUUAAAUAGCACGUUAAAGCUAGACAGUACAUUCCCUGGACCAGACCUGGAACAGCCGAAGCUGCAUUUUCUCAGUUAAGUCUCAACAGACUAAUAACUGCAAACUGAUAUGUGAUUUUGAGCCCUCCUAUGCUGAAGGAUUCCACUUUCUGUGUAAUUUCAUGGCCUCGUCAUUUUUUUUCCUGAGGCACUUCAUGCAGAGAGUUUGUCGGAAAGGUCGGGCGGACUUGCCUUAUUCCUAUCGUCAUGUUCGGCAAUCACUUAUGACAACACUCCAGUUGAAGGACCAAUUAGUUUUUAUUGUAACACAAUGGAGACCAGGAAGUGGACAUUGGGCCCCGUUGUCUUAUUGAGCGCUUCAUUUCAAUUUUUUUUAUGUCAACAAUGAAAUAUUGCUCUAACAUGAACUCCUGUGUGGCACUUUGAACUUUGUUCCGGUGAACCAGUUGUGCAAUGUCGUACAAGCUGAACCCUGCGCUUCAUCUUCACCUGUGUUUUCUUACUGGACUUAUUGGCUCCUCUUCCUACAGUAUUAAUUUGUAUUUUGUAUCAAAACAAAAAAGUAUAACACUGAAUGUUCCUUGAGUAUUCACAGUGCUGGUUUGUAAAGUGUUUUUUUGUUGUUGUUGUUUUUUACAUUUGCACACAGCAGCUAAGCUUUGAUAGAAGUGUGUGUGGAGUACAGCUUUAACACAAUUAGGAAACAAGUCAUCCUCCAUGUCUCUUUUCAUGAUAAGGGGACAUCUGUAUCAUUUUUUUUACAUGUAAAAAAAAGAAGCUCUUUUUAUGGUCUAAAUGUUUUAUAAAAUGCUUUGUGUGCUUUGUUCAA